UUUACGUUCUUGACAACCGCUGACAGUUGUCAACCCAAAUAUAUUGCAACAAUGUUCCAGCGCAGCGGUCGAUACUUACCUCUUAUCGCACCUCAAUAUAACCCACAAAAAUAUAAAACUGUAUAUUUUAGCUUGUUUUGUGUAGCCACUUUUUCAUAUAACAUUUAUUUAACAACAUGCAAGUAUAAAAAUUUCAAUGCCAGUAAAACGUAUUACAUUCUGCAAUGGACAGGUAAUUAUACUCCGCUCGACUUAAUGGGCUUAGGAUCAAAGAAGUUUAUUGAGUUACAAUGCCGGUAUAAAAACUGUUACGUCACAAACAACAAGAGUUAUUUGCCAAUUGUAACAGACUUCGAUGCAUUAGUGUUUAAUGGUGACGAGAAAUAUUAUGAAAAUAUUCAUUUUAAACCCCCAGAGAGAUCACCCUCACAAGUGUAUGUAUUUGGGCAGUUAGAGUCGGCUCAUAACUAUGAGGCAUGUUUUCCUGACUUCGAGAAUUUCUUUAACUGGACUUGGACUUACAAACUAGACUCAGAUGUUCGAUGGUCGUACAUAAUAAUACAUGACUUGGAGAGUCAUAUAGUGGGGCCAAAACCUUAUAUGGAAUGGCCUAUUGAGAUGAAACCUCUUGAAGAUAAAAAAACUAAAGCAAUAUUGGAUGGCAAGACAAAGGCGGCUGCGUGGUUUGUAUCACGCUGUACAACUUUAGGAAAAAGAGAAAAGUUUGUAAGGAAACUGAUACGACGGUUAUUAAAAUUAAAUCUGACGCUUGAUGUGUAUGGAGAGUGCAGUGAUUUGAUUUGCCCGAGGGACAAGUCAGAACAAUGUAAUGAUAUGGUGAAGAGAGAUUAUUAUUUUUACUUGUCUUUUGAGAAUUCAUUGGCACCUGAUUAUGUGACGGAGAAACUCCUGAUCGCACUGAACAAUUUGGCCAUUCCUGUUGUUUAUGGCGGCGCAGAUUAUAAUCGAUUUCUACCUCCAGGCAGCUACUUGAACGCGCGCAAGCUUGGUCCAAAGCAACUAGCGAUGACUAUGAAAGAGAUAAUGGGAGACAGAACCAAGUUCCAUGACUUUUUCCGGUGGCGUAACCACUUCCGAUACAAACGAGGAGAGAACGAUUCUGAAAUUUGUAAUAUUUGCACUGCGCUGAAUGAAAACACACCACAUAAUUUGCAACUACGUGAUGGUUUUAGAGAGUGGUGGAAUGAUGGAUAUAAUUAUAGAUGUAAAGGAUUGAUGUAG